UCACUAUCACAAUUUAUCGGUGUAGGCUUGAGGACUUGAGCAUUAAAGUGAUGAAAAUGAUAAUGACGAUAAUUAUAGAGCAUCAUCUAAAAUGUGAUAGUGCAUUAAUUAGUGCAGGGUAAUAAAAUGUGUAAAGUUAAUGUACUGUCUAUAAUGUAAAUUGCCAUAAACAGAUUCAAGAAAGAUGGAGCAACUUCGUGACUAUUAAAAUGAUAGAGAAGAUGUUGCAGUCAUAACUUGAUUGAUACAGUAGCUAACUGAAAUAGUUUGAACAUGUUUACAGAAACAAAACUAAGCCAUUAACUUAUCAUUUUCUCUAUCACUGCUUAACUAAUAGCCAUUUUUCAUCAUUCCUUGAUAGAGCUAGUUUAGGUGCAGCUCUGCCAUGAGAGCACUGGAAGUUAUUGCUGUCAGCUUUUACCUUGUGGUUGGCUCUACAGCAGUUCCGCAACCUCUUUGUGAUAGUCUUGGUACUAGCACUUGGACAGUACAGAACAGCAAUGGUAGUAUCAGAGUGGGAGCUACAGUGCCAGGAGGAAUAUACACUGACUUGCGCACUGCCAAUGUCCUCACUGAAGAUAUAUUCUACCGUUUCAAUGACAUAAACUAUCGUUGGGUUGCUAAAGACAAUUGGACCUAUUCUACUUUUUUUGAUGUUGAUCCAAAAAUGCUGAAGAAGGAUAAAGUGUACUUGGAGUUCGAGGGAUUGGACACUGUGGCUCGGAUUUUGCUGAAUUCUCAACUGCUCGGAGAAACCAAAAACAUGUUCAUCCUCUACCGUUUUGAAGUGAAGAACUUAUUGAAAACAUCCAACAACAGUCUGGAGGUGCAGUUCACCUCUGCUAUAUGGGCAGCAAAGCAGUUAUCUACUGAGACACCGUACCCCGUACCUCCAGCCUGCGUGCCUCAGGAGUAUCAUGGAGAAUGUCAUGCCAACUAUAUACGCAAGAUGCAGGCUUCCUUCGCCUGGGACUGGGGUCCUGCCUUCCCUUCCGUUGGAAUUUGGAAAAAUGUGUUGCUGCGUGCGUACAAUGUGGCCCAUGCCAGACAUGUCGGGAUUGAAACAAGACCAGACGUGACAGACUGGAAGGUGUCAGUGACCUUGUAUUUGGAUGUGGCCACCAAUGUCACUGGUAUGCUAUCUUCCACCCUUGUAUUGAAAAAAUACAACAUUACGACCCAAAUGACAGUCUCCAUCUCCCCUCAACAGAAUAAUGCCACACUCGUCUUCUCUGUGCCCAAGGAUACUGUCCAAAUGUGGUGGCCCAAUGGCUAUGGCAGUCAACCCCUGUACCAAUUAGUUGUGGGCUUCCAGUCUGACAGAGAAAUUACUCAAACUUCAGUCCGUAUCGGUUUCCGUACUGUCAAACUAGUACAGGUUGAUGCUGUUCCUAAUCAACCAAAGAAAGGCUUGACUUUCUUCUUUCGGGUAAAUGGGUUGGCAAUAUUUGCAAAGGGUUCUAACUACAUCCCAGCACACAUCCUCCCAGAAUUGGGUGCAGAGCCAGAUCUGCUUCGCAGGAUACUUACAGGAGCUAGGGAUGCCAACAUGAACAUGCUGCGGGUGUGGGGUGGUGGGAUCUAUGAAUCCGACCUCUUCUAUCAGAUCUGUGAUGAGCUGGGAAUACUGAUCUGGCAAGACAUGAUGUUUGCGUGCAGCAUGUAUCCGGCAACAGAUGAGUUCCUGGCAACAGUUGCCACAGAGGUGACACAACAGAUACAACGGUUGCAGCACCACCCUUCUGUGGCCAUCUGGGCUGGCAACAACGAGAAUGAGGCGGCUCUAGCCGGUAACUGGUAUGGCACACAAGCUAAUUUCAGCAUAUUCAAGGCAGAUUAUAUAAAGCUGUAUGUUGAUACAAUUCAACCAAUAAUUCAGAAGUUGGAUAAGACCCGCAGUUAUGUAACGUCAAGUCCAUCCAAUGGCCAGGAGUCAGAGAAAGAGGGUUAUAUUGCACACAAUCCGUACGAUGGUAGAUACGGUGAUUUGCACUGGUAUGAAUAUACUCUGAACUUGUGGAAAUCUGCAAUUGUUCCGAAGACAAGGUUUGCAUCAGAGUAUGGGAUAAUGUCAUUACCAUCUUUGGAAUCAUUCAGCAACAUCACACUACCAGAAGAUCUCUCUCUCUCAUCAGAGCUGAUGAUGAGCAGGCAACAUCAUCUUGGUGGUUACAUGCAGAUGAUUUUUGAGAUACAGUACAAUUUAUAUCUACCAGUGAACGUAGAUCUUGAUACCUUUAUUUACUUGAGCCAAAUAAACCAAGCCAUGUCCAUAAAAACCGAGACAGAAUCAUACAGACGAGAACGCAGCUCAGUGGAUUCUGCUGGUGAAGGACUGACCAUGGGAGCUCUUUAUUGGCAACUCAACGAUGUGUGGCAGGCUCCUUCGUGGUCCUCACUUGAGCUGAGUGGGAAGUGGAAAAUGCUGCAUUACUUCGCUGUAGACUUCUUCGCGCCAGUGCUGGUCUCCCCGAGCAUCAAUGUGAUCAAACAGCUAAGAGUCCACGUCAUUUCUGACCUACAACUCCACUCAUCACUGAACCUCCUCUUACAGAUCUCUGUCUACAAUUGGCAGUCUCUCACGCCUGUCUCCACACAAUUUUACCCUUUCACUCUGAAAGGAGCUGGAGUUGUGGAUUUGGGAUCAUGGAACAGUGAGAGUUAUCUGCGCUCAGUGGCAGGGUGUCAGGCUGGAGGCCAUCCGGAGAAAAAUUGCUUCUUUUAUUUCUCAAUUUUAUCAAGCAACGCUUCUACUACUUUGGGACCAAAUAAUUUCCUUUUCCCUGUUGCUUUACGAUCUAUCAACAGUCCUCCAAAGGCUAAUAUCCAGGUGGUGGAUGUCAAGGCUCUGAAGAAUGGCCAGGAACUGAUUGUAACGCUGGGCUCUGACGCUAUUGCUCCAUUUGUGUGGCUAGAUGCUGUUGGGAUCGCAGGUCACUUCUCUCACAAUGGCUUCCUCUUGGUCACCAACAGCACACAGCUAACCUUCAGUGCUGAGAAGCCUAUCAAUGUGCAGGCCUUCAGGUCAUCACUGAAGAUAAGAUCAUUGCUGUUUCCUCCGAAUGCAAACAGGAGAAAAUAAUAAAUUGUUGGUGGAACUGGAGGCUGUUUUUAUUCUUUUUUUUAUCAUAGACAGGGUUGCUGUGAUACAUUGUAUAUAAACAGUUUUCAAUAGACAAA